AUGGCCAUCUUCGCAGUCACUUGGGUAGUCAUUUACACAGAUCCCUCUACCCACAGCUACAGCCACCUGGGCUGUCUUGAACCCAAAGUCGACUCGAGGCGGAACAUCUAUCGAAUCGUUGAAGACGAUUUCGCCGACCCUGAGCUCAUGUAUAAAAGCGGGCCCCUACCCGGGAAAGAUGAAGACGACUUUAACAUCCCGUUUCAUGAGAUCAAAUCCGAGCGCAAGAUGGCGAUGGGCGCCAUGGUGCAAGCUGUACACCCGCGGAUUCUCAACAACACCCACCUUACACUUACGCCGGCGGAAACUAUCAGUCCUGACGGCGCAGUCCCCCCCGCCGCACCGCCCCACGGCCAGACAUUCAUGCCUGUACUGGGCAUUCCCAAAAUUGAUAACGAGAUUGGCAGCAACGACCCCAUUGCACGAGCCGAAUACCUGUAG